CCCCAUAACCGAGGAUCAUCGCAAGUGGCGGCCAAGAAGCAACCCACUGAUGUAGGGACAUGUGUCCCGACCCACGCGCGCUGCAGCCCACUGACGAAACGGUCCGUGUCAGCGCACCUGCUACCCGCCCACCGCCUUUAUCAGAAUUUACGAAGCUCCCCACAGCGCGCGCUCACUCGUCCCCCGGUCCCCACUGAUCCUACGAAUCCCUCGAGGCACCUUCCCGGGCACCUCGGUCCACCCUUUUAUACCUCACUCGGUCCCGGAUCACGAUACAAGGACGGGUCACACACGCUGCACACGCCUGCGCACGCGCACCUGCACCUUGCCCUCGCACCUCACAUCCUCAGAAAACCCUCGCGUACUGAUCCUCGGGAUUAUCCACCCCAACUACUAACUUGACGAACCGCUGAUCCCUGAUCCUCGCCGUGCCUAACCACUAUCUUGUGUUUGCGUCGCCACCGAAACCCGCGCGGCCAGCCUCCAGGACUCAAUCAAUAUCGCUAUCGUCACCGGACAAGUGUAGUACUAUUUCCGCAGCAUAUAAAGACGCGCCCACGCUGCCCACAUGCCCGUAUUGCAGCUGUACGCCGUGCAGCCGCUCGCGCGCGCCUUCGAUCCCCUCAUGCGCUACAUCGUUGAAUUCACGAACCGCGCGGCCUUGUGCGUCACCGCGUUCCUCGCGUCGGCCAGUGUGUUGGGCCCCGGCGCGCAGACCGCGCUGGGGGUGCAGCCCGUCGCGGCGCAGUACUUGCUGGGGUUGGGCAUCGGCGACAUAACAGGCCCGGUGGUGGAAACGAACAUGAUGGGCUACGCGUCCCUCGCACAAACGGACACCGGGCUGCAUCUGCGACAACGCAGUCGAGCAUGGAUCGUCGCAGACGCAGCCAACCCCUCCAAUCGCUUCGUCUUCAUCAACGCUGACAUCGCCAUGGGCGACACCGGCAUCCGGCGCUCGGUCGUCUCGCAGCUCUCCUCGCUCUAUCCAGGCGUGUACUCGAACACGAACGUCGCGCUCGUCAGCACGCACCAGCACUCCGGCGUCGGCGGCUACCUCGAGAACCUCCUCCCCCAGAUCACGUCGCUCGGGUACGUCAAGGAGACCGCCGACGCGAUCGUUGCGGGCACGGUGCUCGCCGUCCAGCGCGCGCAUGCGAGCCUCGCGCCGGGGAAGUUGAGCAUCGGGAACACGUCGGUCGUGGACGGGAACAUCAACCGCAGCCCGUCGGCGUACCUCGCGAACCCCGCGGCGGAGCGCGCGCUGUACCAGUACGACCAGGACAAGGAGCUUUCGCUGUUGAGGUUUGACGACGCGCAGGGGAACGCGCGCGGGUUUUUGAGCUUUUUUCCGGUCCACGGGACUAGUCUGUACGAGAACAACACGCUCGUCAGCAGCGACAAUAAGGGCAUGGCGGCGCACUUGUAUGAGGCCAUGGUCGAGCCUUCUUCGAUGCCUGGAAACAACACUUUCGUUGCGGGUUUCACGCAGUCCAACGUCGGCGAUACGAGCCCUAACACGCUCGGCGCGUUUUGUGAGAGCCCCGGUAAAUCGUACGACGGAAUGCCGUGCGAUUUUAACAGCUCAACAUGUGGCGGGACCGUCGAAGACUGUCAUGGACGGGGCCCUGGAUUCCGCACCUCAGAUUUCGAGUCCAACAGGAUCAUUGCGCAGCUGCAAGUGGACGGAGCGAAGACGCUGAUGAAUAGCCAAUUAGCGCCGGUGUCUGGCACUGUUCGGAGCGUCCACACGUAUUUGAACAUGACGUGGCACUCGUUCACGUUGCCCAAUGGCACGACUGUCCAGACAUGUCCCCCGGCUAUGGGAUACUCGUUUGCGGGCGGAACCACCGACGGGCCAGGCGCCUUCGACUUUGUCCAAGGCGACAACUCAUCCAAGCCUCAGAACCCGUUCUGGGAGAUCGUCAAAGGCGUCGUCACUCCCUACCCGCCCGCGGAACAAGUCGCGUGUCAGUAUCCGAAGCCGAUCUUGCUGGACACGGGCUACGCGAACACACCGUACACCUGGUCCCCGCACACGGUCGACAUCCAGAUGCUACGCGUCGGCAACGUAGUCAUGCUGGUCAUGCCUGGCGAACUGACCACCAUGUCCGGCCGGCGUAUGCGAAAUGCCAUUCGAGCGCAGUUGAUCGCGAAGGGUGUAAUCGGCCAAAACGCGUAUGUCGUUAUCGCAGGGCCAGCGAACACGUAUGCGCAUUACGUUGCAACGAAGGAGGAGUAUAGCGUGCAGCGGUACGAAGGAGCCUCGACGAUCUUCGGACAAUGGACCCUCGAUGCAUAUAUCGACAAGUAUGGCAGCCUGGUGUCAUAUCUGGCGGAUAAUACUUCGGGGUCACCUCCAUCAGACCCUGCCCCGCCAGAUUUAACUGGAAGUGCGAUAUCACUUCGUACCGGCGUCGUCUUUGACAGCGCGCCGAUUGGAAAAAGUUUUGGAGACGUCAUUUCGGACGUCAGUUCUUCGGCGUACCACGUCGGAGACACGGUCGCCAUCCAAUUUGUCGGCGCCAAUCCCCGCAACAACCUACGGCUCGAAGAGACCUUCCUGUCCGUCGAUCGACUGGUUGGCGGGACAUGGCAGAGAUACCGAUCCGAUUCACACCCAUCGACACUGUAUCACUGGACGAGGACCAACACGGUGUUGGGUACAAGCUCUGUCAACAUUACAUGGACCAUCGAGUCUGCCACGCCUAGCGGCACAUAUCGCAUCCAGUACUUUGGGGAUUCUAAACCUCUAAUUGGCAGUAUCUCCCCAUUCACGGGAACGUCGUCAAAUUUCACGAUUGCUUGAGGAUCACGACAGUCAUGACAGUAUCGAUUAUAUACCAAAUUGUAACACUAGUCAUAUAAACACGAUGACUUGUCUUCAACAGCUGUCCUCGUACGACAUCCAGGCAUGGCUAUGUGAGAAGUUGUGCAUACUCCCGAACACAGUUCAAGCUACAUUGAAGACAUCCUCCCGCCCGAGAAGUGGGCCAGUUCUGUCUUGGCUAGACGCAGGCGAUCAAGCUUUUCCUGCAGCUUCCUUCGAGCAAUACCGAUGUCUGAAGGUUCCUGCAACAAUCCUUCGCAAUAGUCCUUGAAAUCAACCCUGUUGAAAUUGAUCUCUUUCUUCACAGCGGACACGAGGCCUUUGCUCAAACCGCGAAGGAGCUCUUGAUCCACAGUCAUGGGAACAUAAUCCACGAAACGUCUGCUCGCAACUUGUAAGUACGCUUGGACCCUGGCCAUGACUUCCAACAACUGGUCCUGAGGGCCCUCAGGGAGAAUUCUCGUCAGGUCGGCAGGUUCGAUGCCGGUGAGCCCCAAUCUGCUCAAACCUUUCAGCGUUUGCUCGACACCAGCUUUGGCUUCUGGCGUCACAGUGUCUUUACUAUGCAGGUUGUAAGGCUGCAUAUUGAGCUCCUUUAGGACCUGCUUUCCAGAAUAUUGCGACCAAAGUUGCCGGUAAUACCCAAAAAAUUUCUCUUUGUACUGGCUGAAGUAGUGCCUGUUGUCGGUAUGAGGCGUCUUUUCGAGGUCCAGGAGGCACUGAACACGGGAGCGUGCGGACUCCUUGCAGCGUUUCAGAUGAUCGUCGACCGCACGUUGCACGCUAUCACAUAGAUCGCUUUGUCGAAAAUUUCCAAAAUGCUCUUCUAUGAUCUUUCUCAUAUGAUCUUUGAUCGUGGUGUGGGUAUUUUCCACGAGCGAGAUUGUUGGAGAGCGCCAUUCCCUGAUAGCCGAAACUAUAUAGAAGUCCACCACCGAUGUUGGAUUGCUAUCUGGUAGCCCGCGACCGAUAGACCUCUCUAUGCGGUCUUGGAUUUCUUC